UCAGACAUCUAGAGAGAGAGAGAAAGAGAGAGAGAAGAGAGAGGGCGCCUGUUCAUCGCGGUCCAUCCAAUGGUGAGGAGCUGACAGAGUCGCUAUGGUGACGAGAUUGUUUCGACAGAGGCUGUGAUGGGUUGACAGGUGCGUGACAGUCGCGUCUGUGCAAGCAUGUACGCCAAAGGCAAGAACAGCGUGCCAUCGGAUAGCCAAGCCCGAGAAAAGUUAGCUCUGUAUGUGUAUGAAUAUCUGCUACAUGUGGGAGCUCAGAAAUCAGCACAGACCUUCCUGUCAGAGAUCCGAUGGGAGAAGAACAUAACAUUAGGAGAGCCGCCAGGGUUCUUACACUCAUGGUGGUGUGUUUUCUGGGACCUCUACUGUGCUGCUCCUGAGAGGAGAGAAACAUCUGAGCACUCAAGUGAAGCCAAAGCUUUUCAUGACUAUAGUGCAGCAGCGACACAGAGUCCAGUGAUUGGAAGUCCUCCUGGAGAUGGUAUGCCUUUGCCCCCGGGAUUUUUUCAGCAGUUUAUGUCUCCUCGAUACCCAGGUGGACCCAGAGGUUCUCUCAGAAUACCCAGUCAGGCUUUGGGCCCUGGGAACCAGCCUCUAUUACCCAGUGGGAUGGAUCCUACAAGACAGCCAGGCCAUCCCAACAUGAGUGGGCCCAUGCAGAGGAUGACCCCUCGAGGAAUGGUUCCUAUUGGACCACAGAACUAUGGUGGUGGGAUGAGACCUCCCCUAAAUGCACUUGUGGGACCUGGGAUGCCUGGGAUAAACAUGGGUCCUGCAGGAGGAAGACCAUGGCCAAAUCCACCAAAUAACAAUUUGCAGAUCCCUUAUUCAUCCACAUCUCCAGGCAGUUAUCCGGGUCCCCCAGCAGGAGGUGGCCCUCCAGGAACACCCAUCAUGCCCAGUCCCGCAGAGUCAAACAACUCAAGUGACAACAUGUACAGCAUGAUCAGCUCAGUCCCUCCAAAUGGAAACAGACCAAACUUUCCAUUAGGUUCAGGUUCUGAUGGCCCAAUAGGCAGCAUGGCAGGCAUGGAGCCUCAUCAUAUGAAUGGUUCAUUAGCAGGAUCUGGUGACGUUGAAAGCCUCCCAAAGAGCUCACCAGGAAACCUCAGCAUGAAUAAUCAGCCUGGCACACCAAGAGAUGAUGGAGAAAUGGGUGCCAACUUCCUCAACCCAUUUCAGAGUGAAAGCUAUUCUCCAAACAUGACAAUGAGUGUGUGAAAGGACAGCACAGGAGUUUUCACCGUGUUCAGCAAAAAACAGGAUCUUCUCAAAACCGGCUCUAUGGUUUUCUGCUCAUUUUGUCUUUGGUGAACUAUUGUGAAUUACAGUAACGUCAUCCUACACUAAAUCUGAAUAAAUUUAAGCAAGCCAUGAAAGAAAGCAGAAGACACCUAGAAGAAGCUUUUCCACCGUUUUUUUUUUUUUUUUUUUUUUUUUUUUUUAAUAUUGUCCUGUCUCCUGUUUGGAUUCACACAGGGCUCAAUCCAUAUUUUAAUUAUUGAAUCUUUCCACAAGUUUUUGUGUAUACCUUUUUUAUGUAAAGUUUUUUUUUUUAAAUAAAAAUCUCCACUUUUAGAUGCAGCAUAAUUUACACAAUUACACCCAGUUAUGAAUGAACAGCAGAUUUUUGUUGUUGUUGUUGAGUUAACUAAAUAUGACAUUUCAAGGUCUUCAUUAUAUUGCAUUAUUUUCAAACUAAGUUAAACAAGGAUUUGAUCAGACGACGAUCACUGACAAAAUCACCCUUUAUCAAACACAUUGUUUAGGCAAACCAAAGGUUUGACAAAUGUACAGUAUAUCCCUAAAUGUAAUGAAUUGACCUGAAUUUUUUAGGAUGGACUUCAAGAUUUCUUGUCUUGUUGGAUUUGUUCUUGUAAAUACAGCUAUCUGUGAAGAAUUUGGAUAUGCUGAUAUAAAAAUAAUUUUCACCAU